AUGACUUCUAAUCUCGCAUAUUAUUUGAUGCCUUCUGAGAUGUACAAAGGGCGAGUUGUGGUCGAAGGACCUUCUUACAUUUUAUGUGUCGAAAGUGGCCUUUUUCAAAAAAAGAAGGUGUAUCAUGUUGAUUAUGUACCUAAGGGCUUUAUUGCAAAGUCCCUUCUCUGCGUUACUCCACCUUUACCUGAAAUCACUCUACAAGACGUGGAUUUUUUCAUAUCUAGCUUGAAGGAGACUGACUUAUUACCUCUGAGUGCAUGUGAGGGUUCCAAACUGAGAAAAAUUGCAAGACUUCUAGAUAAUGAAGUGUUUGGUGGCAAAUUAUUCAGUCACAAAAAAAAUCUUGCUUUCAAUUUAUUAGCAAAGUAUUACCCGGCAGUUGUUCAUAAUCAUGAUGGUGUUCCGCAACCUGUUCGUCAUGCUCUAACUGAGAAUUUUCCAAGAAGUGUAAAAGUCUCAAUUUACAUCAGACUCUUUUUGGAUCUUGCAAGUGAUAAAAAAGAGAGUAGGAAGCUGAAUGAAAGAUAUUUUUCUAAAUUCAUCUCAAUUCUUAUACAUGAAAUGAUUCAUAUAUAUGAGUUCCUCUAUCUGGACUGUUUGAAUGAGACAGACUGCUUGGUCGAAUACGUUUGUUCGAGUAUGAAAGAACACGGAAGAUUUUUCGUUCACUACAUGAACGCUAUCAAUUCAGCAGUAGGUUUUUCUUUCAUCAGUACCUCCUACGACUUCGAAUAG